CAGGAGAGCCGAGCGAUGCCACAGCGCCCUUGAGCGAUUCCCGGCCGGUCCACAGCACACAGCCGACAGCGCCGCCAUGGAGAACUCACAAUUCCUGCUCAAAUGGAACAACCACCAGCCGACGGUAGUGUCCGUGCUGGACUACCUGCUAAACCAGGAGGCCUUCAUCGACGUGACGCUGGCGUGCGAAGGCCAGAGUUUCUCGGCGCACAAGGUCAUUCUGUCCGCGUGCAGCCCCUACUUCCAGGACCUGCUCAUGAAGAACCCCUGCAAGCACCCGAUCGUCUUCCUGAAGGACGUCCGCAGCUGUGACAUGGAGAGCCUGCUGCAGUUUAUGUACCGCGGCGAGAUAAACGUGCAGCAGGACGACCUGGCGCAGUUCCUCAAGACGGCCGAGAGCCUGCAGAUCAAGGGGCUGGCCGACAACGCCAUGAAGGAUGAGGCGGCGGCGCCGGCUGGUGCCGACGGCGCCGACUCCGAAGACGACACGCGCGACUCGGCAGCGCCGCCGGCGUCGGCGGCCGAGGUAGCUGAGCGCACCGAGCGCGAGCGCGAGCGCGCUGAACGCGAACGCGCCGAGCGGCCGAACCCAAACCGGAGCCUGCUGGCCACGGCGCUGGGGAAGCUGGGCGGCGGCUGGCCGGCCGGCGGCGGCGACUCCAGCGUGGACGGCGUCUCGGCAGCCUCGCUGUACCCGGCCGUCUCCAUGGACUUCGAGCAGGCUGGCCCCUCCCGGUUGGCGCUGUCCACGCCGCCGCCGAGUGGGCUCUUCCCGUACGCGCUGACGCCGUCGCCGGGGGCGGUCACGCCGGCGGCCAGCGUCAAGGAGGAGCCGAGCCUGGGUCAGCCGGAGCCGGACUGGGCGUCCGGGGCCUCGGGCGCCGGAUCCACGGUCGCCGACAGUCCCGAGCGGGGCAGUGAGAACGGCGAGGUGCGCGACCCGCUCGACAGUCCUGAGAAGGGGUCACCGUGGGCGUCGCGCCGUUGGCCUACGCUGUUUCGACCGCGCGCCGCCGCCGCCGCCGCCACUCCCUUCCCCUCGCCCACCCCCCUCAUGUGCAAGUUCUGCGGGCAAAUGUUCUCCGACGCGUCCAACCGCUUCCGGCAUGAGAAGCGGCACAAGCACCCCGAGGAGGUGCACGUAUGCUUCGUGUGCAAGCGGCCGUUCUCGCGCAAGGACAACAUGAAGAAGCACAUCAAGACGGUACACGGCGUGUCUGCGGAGGCGGAGGAGCCGGGCGGCGUCCACGGUGGCCAUGGCAACGGCUGGACGGCCGUGCCGAUGCAGGCCGUCGACAUGACCAGCGGGCGGUGAGGCGGCGACGGCGUCAGCAGCGGCGGCGGCGGCAUAGAAGGGGAGGCGGCCGAGUCACCCCACCCACCGGCGGCCGGCGGCGGCACGCACGCACUAGAGUCAGUGCGGACGAGGGGAGACGGCGUCGAAGAUGCACCCCAGCCAGUGAGCGACGGCCAUCUUGGCCGGCGGAGAUAGAGGUCUUUCUACGGUUUGUUUUUGUAUCAAAGAUGGAGGCCCGAGGCCCAAGACACGUUUUAUUAGUGAUUUUCGUAGCUUUAAUGCGUCUGCCUAGCAGAAACUGUGGACGUCGCGACAGGACCCCUGUGAACUAUACGAUAUUUUUACACUCUGCUGUAUAGGGUUAUCUGGGAACAUGUAGUGUGAUAUAGGGUUAUUUAUUGGCGUGUUUUUAGGGGAGGUGGAUGAGGGAUUUAUUUUUAUAUACUUCUACGUGCGUUCUGUUCGAGUGCAAUGUUCGUGCAGGGAGCUCCUCCGGCCACUCCGUCCCCUUUGGCUGGGUGCCAACACCAAAGACCGCGCUGAGACGGACCCCGCGGCUAUCUCAGCUCUCCUGGGGUUGCCAGAUCUCGAGCGCCCUCUCGCGGCCAUCACCUUCUUUCCCCUGGCGUUUCACUCCAAUGCUGUCUCAGGAAGCGGUUGAAAAUCUCGUCUUUGGUGAGGCGAGCGGGCGCGUUCGCGCCGCUUCGCUCCUAAUUUGUUCCUAUUGAACUCCCCGCGUCUAAAUCCGGUGGUGGGGAUAUGGGCUCGAUGAUUUGUUGACAGCGUCUUGCUGUCGUCGCACGUGAGCAGUGGCGCCGGAAGUGCAAGGCCUGGGGCCGAUCCCUCCCCCCCCCGGAUAUUUUGCACGUUGAAAGUUCGUGAUGAGUUCGAGCCCCACAACUUCCUCUCUCUUACGACAUGCAGAUCAUUUUGAUAAAUUAGGAAUAUAGGUCGGCGUAUCAGACACUUCCAAAUUACUGGCAGAACUCUGAAAUGAUGACUAGGAUUUCAGGUGUCGUCCAGAUUUAGCCCAGCCCCAUUCGCACAUGUUUCCAGCGUCUAUGCACAUGUGGCUAUUAAUGGCCGUCAGCUGGUUUCAAGUGUUGUUUGUGUUUUGUCAAAUUGUAAAAUUAACGGCACCUAAUUUGUUGCGGCUUGUUAUUGUCGGGACUUCCACGAAUGCCAAAAUUUCACAAUGGUGUUCCAUUGAUCGUAUCAUUAAGACGUUCCUGUGAUACGUUGCAUAUUCGAUGCACUGUAAGCUGCAAUGAAAUAUUCCUACUCAACUGUGACACACGAUUCCUUAAAAAGGCGUUUGCGAGACGACUGGUUGUGCUGGUGUACUUGAGGUUUGAUAUUUGCGAAACGACGAGCUACAGAAAAGAGGCCUUUAUGAAAGGCUUUGGCCAAGACAUCUUGAUGUACUCACUCUGUAAUGUGACUGACAGCGUUGCCAGAACGUUGAAAUAUUUCAGGAGGUUUUGCUGAAAUAUACUGUUUUUAAGGUUUAUAUGACGCGCUGACAAAUCUGCUUUUUGAAGACCCCUUAGCGUCUGGGGACAGAUUGGCCGACAUGGAGCGACCGAUGGACGAAGGAGCGCGGCUCAUCAUGCCCCUGCGCUGUUUACACACCAGAUAAAGUGCAAACUACAGUUAUGUCCAAAAACGCUGUUAUUUGGUGAGGUGUAACGCAAACAGUUUGCACUAUCGUGUAUAUCCUCAGACGUACAUCGGCGGAACCUCAGGCCAGCCCUAUCACCGAUCUUGUCCGGAUUUCACGGCUCCAGCACGUGCAAGUGUGAUAAUCAGUCCCCACCCGCAAGCUUCUUUUCUGCCCACUCACGCCCGUGACGUUUGUCCGAAGCUUGAUCAGAUGACCGGUGCGCGAGGCCAGGGACCCAGCUUAACCGGCGGAGGGGGCGUGACCCACCGGACCGGAUCCGGCCGGGGACGCAGCCCGCCGGCACAAUA